AUGCGAAUUGAAGGAAAGUUAACAUUUCGCCCUCCUGUAACAACAACUUCAGUGACGCAUUCUGACACUCUUUAUCAGCGGCACAAAACGCAGUUCGCCAAAACUGAACCUGCCCGACAAUUCGCACCGUCGACACCAGAGAAGCCCAAGUCACCCUUGCACUGCCUCCUCGCUCCACCCCAGCACCCUCUCGACCACCCCUCUGCCCUCCCUCCGCCGUCGUCUCCCCGCCUUCUGCCGAGCGCGCCCCGUUCCAUUUACCUGUCCGUGCACCCCCUGAAAAACAUCCACACAAUCACCAAGCAGUUGAAGUUGGUGGAAUGGACCUUCUUGCUGCUCACUGCCUGGAAGAAGGUCCUCAUCGACUGCAAACCUGCUUCACAGACCAAAGCCCAGGCCAAGCCAAGGCUGCUGGUGACCUCUGCCCCAGAAGAGGGCCUGGAGAGCGUGCUGAAGAUUCUGGUGAACCAGCUGAGUGUGGACGACGUCAACGUCCUUACCUGUGCUACGGGCACUCUGUCCAACCUGACGUGCAACAACAGCAAGAACAAGACGCUGGUGACCCAGAACAGCGGCGUGGAAGCGCUCAUCCACACCAUCCUGCGUGCCGGCGACAAGGAUGACAUCACGGAGCCUGCCGUCUGUGCCCUACGCCACCUCACCAGCCGCCACCCCGAGGCUGAGAUGGCCCAGAACUCCGUGCGCCUCAACUAUGGCAUCCCGGCCAUCGUCAAGCUGCUCAACCAGCCCAACCAGUGGCCGCUGGUCAAGGCAACCAUCGGCCUGAUCAGGAAUCUGGCCCUGUGCCCAGCAAACCACGCCCCGCUGCAGGAGGCGGCGGUUAUCCCCCGCCUCGUCCAGUUGCUGGUCAAGGCUCACCAGGAUGCCCAGCACCAUGUGGCUGCAGGCACACAGCAGCCCUACACGGACGGUGUGAGGAUGGAGGAGAUUGUGGAGGGCUGCACCGGAGCCCUGCACAUCCUCGCCCGGGAUCCCAUGAACCGCAUGGAGAUCUUCGGACUCAACACCAUCCCCCUGUUUGUACAGCUCCUGUACUCGUCAGUGGAGAACAUCCAGCACGUGGCCGCCGGGGUCCUGUGUGAGCUGGCCCAGGACAAGGAGGCUGCUGAUGCCAUUGAUGCUGAGGGCACCUCGGCCCCACUCAUGGAGCUCCUGCACUCCCACAACGAGGGCACCGCCACCUACGCUGCUGCUGUCUUGUUCCGCAUCUCCGAGGACAAGAACCCAGAUUACCGUAAGCGCGUGUCUGUGGAGCUCACCAACUCCCUCUUCAAGCAUGACCCCGCUGCCUGGGAGGCUGCCCAGAGCAUGAUCCCCAUCAAUGAACCCUAUGCAGAUGACAUGGAUGCCACCUACAGCCCCAUGUACUCGAGCGAUGUGCCCCUGGACCCCCUGGACAUGCACAUGGACAUGGAUGGGGACUAUCCCAUCGACACCUACAGCGACGGCCUGAGGCCCCCCUACCCCACGGCGGACCACAUGCUGGCCUAGCUGGCUCCACUCCAGUGCGGUUCCUCAUCUGAGAGGCUCUCCGUGCAGGCGAUGGGGCGAGACAGAAAAGUGCCUGAGCCCAGGGGAGCAGGGCUGCGACUUCUCGCCGAACCCCACGCCUCCAGAGGUCCUCUGUAGGGUCUUUCUUGGGAUGAUGAUCUGCUCCUGCUUUUCUGUCUUGGGCUGUGGGUCCAGGGCCAAACACCCCCUCCCCACCUCUGUGGCCCCGGCACUAAAGCUUUAGACUCAACCACCUGCUCUCUUCCCCCACCAGCAAUCACCCCCCACCCCCACCCCAGGUGGCCUGACUCCAGCAGCCCGGGCCCCACAGAGAUUUGAUUCCUUCUCUGGGCCUGAUUGUCUCACUGAACACCAACCAACCAGCUGUUCUGAGCCCCUGGGGUGUCCAGGACCCAGGUUCAAGGCCCAAAGCCCAGAAUCCAAAGCUUGUUUUGAAAAGUUCAGGGACGGACCACAGAGAUGGGACAGAGAUGCAGAGAGUGAAUCCUCCACUCCAGGACCCUCCUGCUCCUCUCUCCAGGACAUUCAACUGGCUUUGGCCCCUUCCUGGGAGCUCUGGGGAUGACGCCCUCACACCCCGUCCCACCCACAACCGCCCUAGCUGACUCCUGAGAAGUGCUCUUGGCUGACCCUUCUGGUGUGCGGUGAGGGGCUUUCUCUUCCCCUUCCUGUUUCGAACCCUCCACCACCUCCUGCACGUGGGUGUGGGGGCCUGGGGGAGGUCCCAGCAGAGAGUUUUAUUAUUCUGGCUUUAUGUUUUUGGUUAUUGGUUUUUUUGUAUAGACCAAAGCAAAGAAAAUAAAACUAACACACAGAA